AUGCCUCCCAUGAAGCCGGUUAUCCCAAAGGACAUGAAAACCGUGACCGAUCUCCCUCUGCGCUUGCGCAAUUUUCUCGCUCGUUAUCCCCCCGAAAUUCACUCGGCCGCUAUCCGUCGCCCUGAUUAUUCCAAAUUGAGUGAAGAGCUAUCAGGGGAAAACACAUCCAACGAAGUGCCAUCGCCAUAUACACCCGAUCGUGAUGCCAAAGGCUCGGCUGGGUUGGAGAAGAAUGCCUGGACUCCUUCGAAAGCACUGCUCAUCACCAGCAAGAAGAACCCCAAUCCGUUCAUGCCGAAUUUCAGAUUCGGUAAAUGGGAAGCGCCAAGGUACGGCCUGCGGCAACAGGCUGAUCUGAUGAAAUUGGCCAUCAAAUACGGUGCCGAGGGGCUUCUCCCCCCUAGCCGAAAAUCAACCGAAUACAAGGAAACACGACGGGCCGAGCGUGGGUUGGCUAUCAAGGGUACUGGUGUUGGGCAGAAGGUUAAGGGUCACAAAUGGGAGCGUACCAUGGAAUCACGGCUCGAAGACCGUCGCAAGGCGAUGGAGGGAAUGCCGGAGUUGGUCCGCUUGUGGAAGCAGAGAGGUCACGGACGUGGCUGGAAGCAAUGGCCCAAGCGGUAA